AGGAAGAGGUUCUAAGUGGUAGUGAUUGUGAUGCCAUGAGUGGUGAUGAAGCUGACGAUGAAUCGUUUGUAUCUUCAUCUCAAUAUAAUCAUCAUCACACUAAUCAACAAUUAACUUUAACAAUGGACAAUUUACAAUCAAACGGAUUCCUUACCAAUUUACCUAAAUCACUUGAAUUACGUCCAUCAUCAUUAUCUUCAAAUAACAAUAAUGAUCUUCAUCAUCAUAACUCCUCUUCCGGUUUACCAAGGUUAGUUGCCGUUACAACCAAAGUUGACCUAAGAACGGGGCACAGAUUUGGCCCAUUUCCGGGUAAAAUAACCAAAGAUCCGGUUCCACAAAGUUACAAUUGGAAGGUUACCGAUAUUGCAAGAUCGCUAACCGCUUGGCUUCAACUCAAUGAUUUUAAUUCACUUAAAUGGUUAACAUGUUUCCGGUGUUCAGAUAGGCAAUCGGAUCAAAAUGCAAUAUUAUUACUCUUUAGGGGACAGUUAUACAUUGAAGUUCUUAAGGAUAUCCUUCCAGGUAAAGAAUUGCUUCUUGUUUUCAAUGAGGUUCUUCUGAUAACUGAGAAUAAUUCAACCAAGGAUUCGGAUAAAAUUGAAGGAUUACCUUUCUUUAAUCUGUUUGGAUUAGGAAGUUCAGUUAAUCAACAACAAAUCCUUGCAGCAAUUGCAGCUAAUCUGAGUUACUCCAAUCUACCAUCAUCAACAAGAUCUGUUGAUCAUCGUUCAUCGGGUGCAUCAUUUUCAGAGGAUUCUGUUGGCAAUUUAUCUUCUUCAUCAGCACUUGAUAACAAUUCGUGCGGAGGUAAACACAGUGAUCUCGGUGGCAAUCAUACUUGUAAUCAGUGUGGAAAAGGUUAUGGUAACAAAUCCAAUUUAAUUCGUCAUCAAGCCUCACAUGAUGAGAAUCGUCGUUAUCUUUGUGAAUCGUGUAAAAAAGGUUUCACUGAUCCGUCCAAUCUUCAGCGACAUAUAAGAUCACAGCAUAUUGGUGCUCGAUCUCACGCUUGUCCAACUUGUGGUAAAACAUUUGCAACUUCAUCGGGACUAAAACAACACACUCACAUCCACAGUUCAUUCAAACCCUUUAAAUGUGAAAAAUGUUUAAAAUCGUAUACACAGUUUUCCAAUUUGUGUCGACAUAGGCGUAUGCAAGCUAAUUGUCGCUCUGAAAUUAAGUGUACUAAGUGUGGUCAAGCUUUCUCAACGGUCACUUCAUUGUCAAAGCAUAAAAAGUUUUGUGAAGGCGGUGGAGAUUGUGAAGAAGAGGGUGAAGACGAAGAAAACGAAGAAGAGUUUGAAGAUAACGAAGAGGAUAAUAACAGUAAACUAAAUCAUCAUCAGCAAUCAUCUUCAUCUUCAUCACAUCAAUCCAUUGAUAUUAAUAAUAGUAAAAAUAACAACAACAACAACAACAUUAAUUUAAUUCAUAAAAGUUCAUCAUCAUUUUCAUCAUCAACUUCAUCUUCAUCAACAAACUCAUUAUCAUCCUCAUCUAAAACAAUGGAAACUUUAUCAUCAUCAACUAAUAAACGUGAAUCACCAAAAUCGGGUUCAAUUUGUCCAGAAUCAUCAAUGUUAUCGUCUACCAAUGGGUAUCUUAAAUUUCCCUCGAUUGCUGAAGCGAUGAGAUGUGAAGUGCCUUUCGACCUUUCCAAAAGCACGAGCCCAAUACCAAUUAAUGCUAAUAAUAAUCAUAAUAGUAAUAAUAAUGACAAUAAUUGCAGUAGUAGUAGUAAUAAUAACGAUAAAAGUUCAAACAAUAACGGUAAAAGUGAAGGUAUAACUAAUAGUAGCAACAAUAAUCUAAAGUCAUCGUCACAAUCAAAUUUAAGGAUACCCAGUAUACUAUCGGGUGGUGAAUCAAAGACAAGGGCUAAUUGUAAGAAUGAUAAUCAAAGUGAAGGUGGUGGUGGUGGAAGAGGUGGUUCAUCUGGUCGUGAAGAACCGUUAGAUUUGCGAAUAAUUAAGAAACGUGGUUCAAUUCGUUUAGCACAAUUAGAGAUUGAAGAAGAUGAUGAUAUUAUUGAUACGGAUGAAACUGCGAGCAAUGGAAGUUUAUUUCACCAUAAUUCAUCAUCUGAAGCAAUUAAAUCUAAUGCUAAUGGAGUAAAUAAUAGUUCUCGUCGAGGAAGAGAUUCAUCGCCGCAAAAAAGUUCUAAUCAUAAUGAUUCCAUCAAUAAUAAUAACCAUCAUCAUCAUCAUAAUCAAUCUCAUCAUCAUAAUAAUAACAAUCACCAGUUAAAUCAUCAACAGCAUCAACUUCAACAGCAACAGGGUAAUCAACGUCAAUCAAGCCCUCGAGCGAAUCAAGAAAAUCUGGAAAAUUAUCGAUCAACUUCUGAGAUUAAAAUCGACGAAGCUCCAUCGCCAAUUGGAUUUUUACCUCAUCUUAAUGGUUCUAACAAUGAAUUAAACAGCAAUAGCUUUACUCGUCCAUUAUCACCUAAUGUUGGGAAACAUUUUCCUCUUCCUUAUCCUCGACCUUUUCAUCCAUUGUUACUUGAAUCCAUGUAUCGUCUUCAGGCAGAAAAUUUAUCCGCCGUGGGUAAACCCCCGCCACCAUUUUCAGGACCAGCAUUUCCAUCAAUAUUUCCUGAUUCAAGUCGACUCUUUCCCUCUUAUCCACCUCGAUAUCAACCCUCUUUACUGAAUCCAGCGAUUCUUAGUUCACCAUUAUCAGCGACAUUUGAUUUAAUGAGACAUCAUAUGGAAAACAAAUUGUCAAAUUCAACAUCAAGUUCAAGUGGUGAAAGGACAAAAUACUCCCAUGAAUCAGGUUCAAAUGGACAGGUAAAUGAAUCGAAACACUCUCACCACCAUAAUCAUCAUAAUCAUCAUCAUCACCAUCGACACCAUCGACAUCGGGAUCGUGAUCGUAGCUCAGAUAAAGAGAGGGAGAAACAUAAAGAUAAAGGAAGUGCAAGUGGUAAAAGUGAUGGUGCUCAUGAAAGAUCUGAUCCGUUAAGUUCGGUUGGUGAUGGAAACACAGUUCUAAAUGAGUUAAUGUCCUCUUCCUUAACGGAGUCCAGUCUAAUGUCCACUCCUCCUAGAACAGGAAAGGAAAGGUAUACAUGUAAAUAUUGUGGUAAAAAUUUUCCUCGAUCAGCCAAUUUAACGCGACAUGUUCGUACUCAUACGGGUGAACAGCCAUAUAAAUGCAAAUAUUGUGAACGAUCUUUCUCAAUAUCGUCUAAUCUUCAGCGACAUGUACGAAAUAUUCACAACAAGGAGAAACCAUUUAAAUGUCCUUUAUGUGAUCGUUGUUUUGGUCAACAGACUAACUUGGAUCGUCAUUUAAAGAAACACGAAUCUGAUGGGCCAACUAUUUUGGAUGAUCGAUCACCUCGAAGCUCUUUCGGUGAUGCAACACCAAAUCAUCAUUUCUCACCAAUGAACAAUGAUAAUGAUAAGGAUGCUUAUUUUAAUGAGAUCCGUUCAUUUAUGGGUAAAGUAACUGAUCUUGGUAAACCUUUACUUCAUGGUAUUGAUUUAGGUAAUCUGGCCAGUGGUCUAUCCAAUGGUGGACCAAUUAAUUUAGAUUUUAAUUCACAUCCCAAUUUAAAUCUUGGUGGUACUGGUGGUCUUCUUAAUCAUGAACAUAAUAAACGUGAAAUUUAUUCACCAAUGAAUGGAACCGCUGAUGAACAUGGUGGAGAUGAAACUGCUAAUGAAGAUGAUUUUUCUGAUCAAGAAGAUGAAAUUAAAGUUAAAAAAUCUCGACUCAAUUCAGAUUCAUCGUUAAAUGAUAUGGAUGAUGAUAUUGUGUCAACAGUUGAUUCAGAGGGAGAUCGAAGUGAUUCAGAGACACCAUCAAUUCUGUCCACUAAUUUAACCAAAAGGACCUCAGAUAAUGUAACCAAUACAAUUAACAACAAUAACAAUAAUAAUAUUAGCAAAUCAACGCGUGGAAGUUCAAAUAGUCCAUUACCACUUCGUCGUGGUCGUAACGAUAUUGGAUCAGUAGUUGCCUGUUUAUCGAAAAAAGCUGAAGCUAAAUUAAAGAUGAACGGACAAGAGAAUGGGAAAUCAUCUCCAAUCGAUGUAACUGGAUCAUCAUCGGCGACAGCGAAAAGCUAAUUCAUUUUAAUAA